GUCGCUUACAAAAAGAAAAGAAAAGAAACUAAUGCAAGCGCGAAUUGCUUCAAGUUGCUUUAGGGCUCGCGGGCUCUUCUUCGACAGAGCAGAGACGAUGAUUGUGAAUUCCUGUCGCAUGUCGUUUCGUCACGAUCCCAUCAUUAUUCCCUCUCGCCCUUUUCGUUCUCAAACAUUCAUGUCAUGCCAAUCUCGUCGUAUAUUCACUAGGCAACUCUCCACCAAGCAUAAACCAUGGGAAUCUUCAAGAACCGUCUCAUAUCUUUAUAAACACAUCAACGCCUUCCUCUCAGAUUCCCCCACUAGGCCUCCCCAACAUCUUAUUUGGUGAACAGGGUCCGAUACCAAAGGGGCUUGCAAUGUUUUCGACAUCAACUGGGGGAGAUGUAAUGGGUGCAAAACAGGAUGCGAAACAAGUGAAGUCUACGACGGUCGUGAAAGGGGUCGUUUCAGAAGAGGGAAUUCCAAGCACCAAAAUUCUUUGUACUCUUGCAAAAUACUUAUGGAUGAAAGAUAAUCUUGAAUUCCGUUUGCGGGUGGUCGCUGCUUUGGGUUUCUUGGUUGCUGCCAAGGUACUGAAUGUUCAGGUGCCUUUCUUAUUUAAGCUUGCUGUUGAUUGGCUAAACACGGUAACAAGAAACGCCAGUGCUCUUGCUGACUUCACUUCUGCUAAUUCAACUGUUUUAGCUCUGUUUGUGAGCCCAGGAGCCGUUUUGAUUGGAUAUGGUAUAGCGCGGUCAGGGGCUUCUGCUUUCAAUGAGUUGCGAACUGCAGUGUUUUCUAAGGUUGCAUUGCGAACAAUUCGAUCAGUUUCGAGGAAGGUAUUUUCACAUUUGCUUGAGCUCGACUUACAGUAUCAUCUUAGUCGAGAAACAGGUGCAUUGAGUCGGAUCAUUGAUCGUGGUAGCUGUGGUAUUAAUUUUAUUCUUUCAUCUAUGGUGUUCAAUGUUGUACCAACAAUCUUCGAGAUCUCCAUGGUAUCAGGUAUUCUAGCAUACAGUUAUGGAGCCCCUUUUGCAUGGAUCACUUCCUCGUCAGUUGUUGCUUAUGUGGCAUUCACGUUGUUUGUGACACAGUGGAGGACUAAGUUUAGGAAGGCAAUGAACAAAGCUGAUAACGAUGCAAGUACAAGGGCAAUUGAUUCACUUAUUAAUUAUGAGUAUUUCAACAACGAGGCAUUUGAAGUUGCGAAAUACGAUGAAUUUUUGAAGAGAUAUGAAGAUGCUGCCUUGAAAACACAACAAAGUCUUGCAUUUUUGAACUUUGGGCAAAAUUUAAUAUUUAGCAUGGCUCUGUCAGCAGCUAUGGUGCUGUGCUCACUUGGGAUUAUGGAUGGCAAGAUGACAGUUGGUGAUUUGGUGAUGGUAAAUGGGCUCCUAUUCCAGCUGUCUCUUCCUCUCAACUUCCUUGGCAGUGUAUAUCGGGAGACUGUACAAAGUCUUAUCGACAUGAAAUCCAUGUUUCAGUUACUUGAGGAGAGGGCUGAAAUUAGAGAUGAUGAUGAUGAUGUGAAACCUUUGAAAUUGGAUGGGGGCAGCAUUCAAUUUGACAAUGUUCACUUCAG